AUGAUAGAAGUUGUCAGAAAAAUCCGAGAGAGGAUCAAAGAGGCUCAGAACAACAGAAGUCCUAUGCAGAUCUUCGCGGACAGAUUUGCAGUUACUGUAGGAGAUAAGGUUUUCUUGAGAGUAUCUCCCUCGAAAGGGAUCACCAGAUUUGGAGUCAAGGGAAAACUCCUACCCCGCUACAUAGGACCGUAUGAUAUUUUGGAAGCGGUCGGACCAGUAGCUUAUCGAUUGGCGCUACCGCCAAGCUUUGGAAGCGUUCACAACGUGUUCCAUGUAUCCCAGCUAAGGAAGUAUGUGUUCGAUCCGAAGCACGUGAUCCACCAAGAAGAGAUGAUAAUUAAUCCGGAUCUGAGCUAUGAGGAAAAGCCAAAGAAAAUUUUGGAUAGAAAAGUGCAACAAUUGAGGAAUAAGGCGAUCACUUCAGUGAAAGUACUGUGGGAGCACCACGGGCAAGAAGAAGCCACGUGGGAGUUGGAGGAUAAGAUGAAGGAACGUUACCCCGAACUUUUCAAGUAG